UGUCGGAGAGGCUCGGUGUGGUGGGGACGAUGCGUUUGGUGGGUUAACAGCACUCAUUUCUGCCCCUGUCUCUGAUGCUGAAGAAAAGCUGGUGUCUGUUAUUCACGGCCGAAGACGGCGACGCGAUUCUUCUCCUCAGACCCGACGCUAAUGCUGUAUCCAUGUGCAAUGCUUUUGACAGCUUUACCCCAACUAAAUCUAAAGGUUGAUGACCCUAUUGAUAUGCUCCCCAAGUCAAGAAAAGCCCUCAGCAUCCAGGAAAUUGCAGCUCUGGCCAGAUCUUCGUUUAAUGGAAUCUCUCAGGUGGUGAAGGACCACGUGACUAAACCCACAGCCAUGGCUCAGGGUCGUGUGGCUCAUCUGAUCGAGUGGAAGGGCUGGUCCAAGCCUUUAGACCCUCCGUCUGCAACACUGCAGUCCCACUUCAACUCGUACAGUCAUCUGAGUGAAGGAGAACAGGAGGCUCGAUUUGCUGCCGGUGUGGCGGAGCAGUUUGCUAUUGCUGAGGCGAAGCUCCGUGCGUGGACUUCAGUAGAUGAGGAGGAGAUGGAGGAAGAGUCUUAUGAAGAAGAUCCUCCUCUAAAUCAUGAACCCAUCACGACUACUCUGAGCUCAGACGCUGUAUUAUCCAAUCAGAGGUGCUCGCAGUCAAAUCAGACCGAAUCGCACACGUCUGAACUCCCUCUCACUCAGACGGACCCCGAAGACCUGCUCAACCCAGACGAAGAGCCAGCGGUGGCCCAGGAGCUCCAGCUUUCAGAAGCAGACGGUGAACAGGCCAUGUGUGCGCUUCACAAAGCAGAGCGCAGGCCUCUGUGGAGCAAAGGAGACUCCUGCUACUACUCCACAUCCUACUCGGAGUCCGGCCUGUCGCCCGAGGAGGAAGACCAGGACGACAGAGAGGAAGGAGAGGACAACGUGUUUCAGGAAGUCAUCCGCUGGUACAGACACUGCCGGAGCAUCUCCGACACUUCUGGAGCCCUUUCUUUUGAUGAGGAAGAGGAAGAGGAGGAGGAAGAAGAACAGGACAAGCAGUGACGCUGUGCUCUCGCUCGCCCCUUCGUCUCUCUCCCUCUGUAGUGACCCUUCUGUGAAGUGUUUGUCCAGUCUGUUAUGCAUUCAGAGACCAGGACUCGCUUUUUUUCUUCUCCUACGAUUUGUUUAAGGGGUAGUUCUUUCAGAAAGGACAAUUCUGCUAUCAUUUACUCACCAUGGUGUUGGUCAAAUUUUUUUUCUUUUCUUUUAUAUAAUGCAUUACAUAUAUUUGUUUAUAUCUUAGGGUGAAUGGUGGCUCAGUGGUUAGCAGCAAGAAGGUCGCUGGUUCGAGCCCCAGCUGGGUCAGUCGGCAUUUCUGUGUGGAGUUUGUAUGUUCUCCCCGUGUUACCAAGGGUGUCCUCCAGAUGCUCCAGUUUCCCCCAAAGUCCAAAGACAUGCGCUAUAGGUGAAUUGAAUAAACUAAAUUGUCUGUAGUGUAUGUGUGUGAAUGAGUGUGUAUGGAUGUUUCCCAGUACUGGGUUGCAGCUGGAAGGGCAUCUGCUGUGUAAAACAUAUGCGAUAGUUGGCGGUUCAUACCACUGUGGCGACCCCUGAUAAUCAGGGACCAAGCAAAAGGAAAAUGAAUGAAUGAACUGAAAUUGAAACAUAAAUAAACAAAAUGUCAUAGACACACAUGCAUACACAAUUAUAUACAGUAAAUAAAUUAGCAUGAUGGGUGCAAGCUGCUCUUUCUCAUACAAUGAUAGUGAAUGGUGACCACGGCUUUCAAGCAAAAAUUUUUUACUUUAGUCUGUUUGCCCCUCCGGCUUCAGAAAAUGAAGAACAUAGUGAACAACCCCCGUGGACCACUUAUACUUUAAUGGUGCUUUAUUCAAGGGCACCAUUUGCUUUCAUUGAAUGGAAAUGAGCAGCCCAAUUGUUCAUCAAAAAAUCUUCUUUUGUUCCAACGACAACACAAAGGACAGUUAAGUGAUAACAGAAGAUGAGUAUUUCUGAGAGCUCUACCCCUUCAAACCUUUCCUCUGUUUACCAGCUUCCUCCUGAUCCCCAUGUCAUCGAUUUGAAUGGAGCGCUGAAGAAAACCACAAUACUGUUUCCUCAUUCCUGCGGCGAGUAGGACGACAGUGACAUUACGCUAUCAGUUUGCAGUGAAACGCAGACGUGAUGCUCAUUACCUGCGCUCUCGGUGUUUUCAACAGCAGCAUCUCUGUGAGGAUCAUGGUUUCAGACGUUUUGUGACCGUUCAAAAGUGACGUGAUGCUCAUAGUAAAAUGUCGUCAAUACUUCAGGACUGCGGGUUUCCUGAGGGACGGAAAAAGCCCAGUUGUUUUGUUUUUUUUCUUCUUUGUUUUGGGUUUAGAUGUGGCUCUGCAAGUGCUUGUGUGUCUCUGCUUUUGAGGUGCAGGAAGGUUUCUGCUUUGAUGGAGCGUCGUGACUAUGAAUAGAAUGUGCCUGUUCUUAUAUGAUCACUGUGUGAUGUAUAUUACCAAACUGUGGAAGCCCAUUUCUAUUGCGUGAGGGGGGAAAAAGUUAUGCUUGGUCAUGAAAUAUUACUCAAAAAUACUUUUUUCUGCUUGUUUAAAGCAUUUAUUUAAAAGGUAACGCUUUAUUUUGAUGGUCUAUUUGAGUAUUAGUAGACUGUCAGCUUAAUAUCUACUAAUGCUGCUCUUCAAACGGACAUAUAACUGACUAUAUGAAACUUUGCAAGCAUAUGUCAACUAACCAUAACCCCAACCUAACAGUCUACUUAUAAUCUAAUGAGAAUUAGUUGGCAUGUAGAUGCAAUGUAACUUAAAUUCAACAAAUGGACCAUCAAAAAAAGUGACCAUAUAAAAUAAGUUGAAACAACACAAUUCUUAAGUUGUUUUUAAGACAGUACAGUUGUUUUAAGUUGAAUCCACUUCAAUUUGUAAAAACGAAUAAGUUAACUUAAUCGAUUUGUGUUGGGACAACAUGAAGGAUUUGUGUGGAACUACUUUUUUACUGUGUGUGACAUAACCUUUAUCUUAAAUAUGAAUUCAAUUCCUGCAUGCAUUUGAAUUUUACAAAUAAUCAUCAUGUUUUAUGUCAAUUAUCAGAUAAAAAGUGAAGAUUUUUAGAUGAAAAGUCAGUCGUUCUUAUGAGAUGGAGACAUAAUUAUGGUUAAAAAUUAAACUUGUGAGAUAAAAAGUUAUUACUUUUUAAGAUGAAAAGUCUGUUAUUGGA